GCAAGGCGUUGUGGGCACGGGGUCCAAGAGCCUGGGGCGCAGGAUGCUCUGGGCGCCCCCCGCCCGGCGUUGGGUGCCCUUGAGGGCGCCCCGGCGGCCAGGGCUCCCCGCCCGGCUCCGGGCCCUGGCCGUGCCCCGCCGCCCUGGCCGCGCUCGGGGUUGAUUCGUACCACCUUGCAAGGAAGUGAACGCUUCGCACGGGAAGGGGAGGCGCCUGCGCCGGCUGCCGGGCGCCGCGCAGCUCUGAGGACGCCCCGGACUGCCGCCGGCUGUGGGCCGCGGCGAUCGCGGGACGCGCGGGUCCCCUCGCCGCCCCCCUCACCCUUUUAGAGGAGUCAAAUCCGGCUUUUAGACCGUGGGGAGGGUGGGGAUAUCCGGUGCCUCCCGGGCGCCGGGAGGAAGGGGGAGGGCGGAGAAGAUCCUUGGCCAGUCUGCGCCGAGCAGAUUCAAACCAAAACAAAAAGAUUAAAGGAGCAGUGGCCGGAGCGGCAGCGAUCCCCCCGGCCCGGACCCCGGGGGUGGCGCGCCCGGGAACCGCGGGGGCUGCGCUGACUCCCCGCGGGGCAGGAGGGGGGGAGCGGGCGCCAGGCAUAGUGGGGAAGGCGGGGGGGGGGGGGGGCCGAAGGGAGGGCGCGGGCCGGAGGAGGGGCGGACCCGCCCGCUCCGCCCGCAGCGCGGAGCCGAGCCGAGCGGCCAGGGCUGGGCGCGACCCCGGCCGGCGGCGGCGCAGAAAGCAGGCGGAGGCGCGGGUCAUGAUGCGGCUGGCGCUUGCCGGGGCCCGAGCCAUCGUGGACAUGUCGUACUCCCGCCACUUCCUGGACUUCCAGGGCUCGGCCAUCCCCCGCGCCAUGCAGAAGCUGGUGGUGACCCGGCUGAGCCCCAACUUCCGCGAGGCCGUCACCCUGCGCUGGGACUGCCCGGUGCCACUCCCCGGGGACGGAGACCUCCUCGUCCGGAACCGAUUUGUUGGUGUUAAUGCAUCUGACAUAAACUAUUCAGCCGGCCGCUAUGACCCUUCCGUCAAGACCCCCUUUGACGCAGGUUUCGAAGGUGUAGGCGAGGUGGUGGCCUUGGGCCUCUCCUCCAGUGCCACAUUCACAGUUGGCCAGGCUGUGGCUUACAUGGCACCUGGCUCUUUUGCCGAGUACACAGUGGUGCCUGCCAGCACGGCCAUUCCCGUGCCGGCCGUGAAACCCGAGUAUCUCACCCUCCUGGUGAGUGGUACCACGGCCUACAUCAGCCUGAAAGAACUCGGAGAGCUAUCAGAAGGGAGGAAAGUUCUGGUGACCGCAGCAGCUGGGGGGACCGGCCAGUUUGCCGUCCAGCUUGCAAAGAAGGCCAAGUGCCAUGUAAUUGGAACUUGCUCUUCUGAUGAAAAGUCUGCCUUUCUGAAAUCUCUUGGCUGUGAUCGUCCCAUCAACUAUAACGGCGAGCACGUGGGUGCUGUCCUGAAGCAGGAGUACCCGCGAGGUGUGGACGUGGUGUAUGAAUCCGUCGGGGGAGCCAUGUUUGACUUGGCCGUGGACGCCUUGGCUACCAAAGGGCGCUUGAUAGUGGUUGGGUUUGUCUCUGGCUACCAGACUCCUACUGGCCUGUCCCCUGUGAAAGCAGUAACACUACCAGCCAAACUGCUGAAGAAAUCCGCCAGCGUCCAGGGCUUCUUCUUGAACCAUUACCUUUCUAAGUAUCGAGCCGCCAUGGACCACUUGCUUAAGAUGUAUGCGAGUGGAGAGCUGGUUUGUAAGGUCGACCUUGGAGGUCUGUCUGCAGAGGGCAGGUUUACCGGCCUGGAGUCUGUCUUCCGGGCCGUCGAUUAUAUGUACAUGAGAAAAAACACUGGAAAAAUUGCUGUUGAAUUACCUCACUCUGUCCACAGUAAGCUGUAAAAACAGAACAAUGGCAUAAAUAAAAGGAGAAAGAAAAUGGACAUUUUAUGCCCCAGAAUUACUCAAAUCAAUUUAUUUUUAGUUAGUAACGGAGAUAAUAUUUUUUAAAACAAAAGUAAGUUCUAAUGAAUAGAUUUCUCUUUCUCUUUUCUUUAUUUCCGUUCUUUUUUUUUUUUGCUCCUCCAUUGCAAAAAAAAAAAAAAUGUGCUAAUAAAACUUCCCUCAAUGGCACAGAGGUAAAACCUUUACAUUCAA